AUGGCUUCCUUUCUCUUCAUUUUCCUCCUACUUUCCUUCGUCACUUUAACCUCUUCUCUCCCUUCCAUCGGAGUCACUUACUCCUCCGCAUCAACCCCACCGCCUCCGGACAAGAUCUCCACUACCAUCACCUCCCUUAAAAUCUCCGCCGUCCGCCUCCCAGACGCCGACCCAUCACUCAUCAAAGCCUUCGCGUUCACCAACAUUUCCCUUUUCCUCUCCAUCCCAAACCCUCUCCUCCCCGCCAUCGCCGCCAACCGUUCCCUCGCACUCGCCUGGCUCUAUAAACACGUCCUUCCUUUCUACCCUCGGUCAAAAAUCACUCUCGUCUCCGUCGGAAACGCCGUCCUCGAUUCCGUCGCAGAAGAAGACUUCACCCCUUACUUGCUCCCGGCAAUCAGGAACCUCCACUUGGCUCUCCAUGAGCUGGGCAUAAAAAAAAUCCCGGUCUCCACUACAUUCUCGUUCUUCUCCACCAUCACCACUGCCUUCCCUCCGUCCUCCGCCGAGUUCCAACAGCCCGCUGGCGAUCUGAUUGUGAAACCUUUGCUCCAAUUCUUGGAAGAAACGAACUCGUCUUUCUUAAUCAACCUUUACCCCUACAAUCUUUAUCGUCUCGACAGCGAAAUCCCGGUCGGGUUCGCUUUGUUCCAAGACUAUCCUUUCAAUUUCCGGGACGAUUUAGUUACCGGGGUAAGAUAUUUCAACCUGUUCGACAUGAUGGCGGACGCGGUGUUGACGUCGAUAGCCGUGAUGGGAUACGAGAGUAUACCGGUCAUCGUGGCGGAAACCGGAUGGCCGAGCGGCGGAGGCGAAGCUGGAGAAGUCGAGGCGAACGAAGCGUACGCGGAGAUGUAUUUGAGAGGGUUGGUGAGGCAUUUGAAGUCAGGGGUCGGUACGCCAUUGAAGAAAGAUGGGGUUGCCGAGGUUUAUGUUUAUGAGCUAAUGGAUCAUGAGAAUGCCGGCAGUGAUAAGCAAAGAGCGAGAAAAUGGGGGAUUUUAUCUGAAAACAUGACUCGAAAAUACAAUCUGGAGAUGUCUGAUGGAGUUAAGAAUUCUGGGUUUAUGGCGAUUUUCUUGGUGUUCAUCACUUUUUUCAUUUUUUGCGGAAAUUAG